UUCAGCCAUUUCGGGGGCCGGAGCGGCGCCGCGCGGGGCUGCGGAGGGAGAGGUCGGGCCGCUCCCUCGCCAAUCCCCUGCCGCCGGGCUCUGGGAUGGUGUGGGCUCCUGGCAGUGUGGGACGCACCGGGGAAAGGCGGACGGUGGUGCCGGCGGCCCCGGGGCGGCCCGGGCGGGCGGAGGCGUGCCCGGCGCUAGGACCCAGCAGGACGCGAGGCGGCUCUUCGGGCCGGAUCACAAAUUCGCCGUGACUCAGUCACUGCUCGGCGUGGAGACAGCGGGAGCAGACAGUCAAGAUGGAGUACGAGUGGAAGCCCGACGAGCAGGGUCUCCAGCAGAUCCUGCAGCUGCUCAAAGAGUCCCAGUCCCCGGACACCACCACGCAGAGAGCCGUGCAACAAAAACUAGAACAACUCAAUCAGUAUCCAGAUUUCAACAACUACCUGAUUUUUGUUCUCACGAAGUUGAAGUCUGAAGAUGAGCCAACACGUUCCUUGAGUGGUCUUAUCUUGAAGAAUAACGUAAAAGCACAUUUUCACAACUUUCCAAAUGGGGUAACUGACUUCAUUAAAAGUGAAUGUCUGAACAACAUUGGUGAUUCCUCCCCCUUAAUUAGAGCUACUGUAGGCAUUCUGAUAACAACCAUUGCCUCAAAAGGGGAAUUACAGAAUUGGCCAGAACUCUUGCCAAAGCUUUGCAGCCUGUUGGAUUCUGAAGAUUACAAUACCUGUGAGGGUGCUUUUGGCGCUCUUCAGAAAAUAUGUGAAGAUUCUGCUGAAAUUUUAGAUAGUGAUGUGUUGGAUCGGCCACUCAAUAUCAUGAUACCUAAGUUCUUGCAGUUUUUCAAGCACAGCAGUCCAAAAAUACGGUCUCAUGCUGUGGCUUGCGUCAAUCAAUUUAUCAUCAGCAGAACUCAAGCUCUUAUGUUGCACAUAGAUUCUUUUAUCGAGAAUCUUUUUGCGCUGGCUGGUGAUGAGGAGCCUGAAGUACGCAAAAAUGUUUGCCGUGCUCUGGUAAUGUUGCUGGAAGUUCGGAUGGAUCGCCUUCUUCCUCAUAUGAUUAGUAUAGUUGAGUACAUGCUUCAAAGGACCCAGGACCAAGAUGAAAAUGUGGCUUUGGAGGCUUGUGAGUUUUGGCUGACUUUGGCUGAACAGCCAAUUUGUAAAGAUGUAUUAUGUCGGCAUCUUACUAAGCUGAUACCUGUGCUGGUAAAUGGUAUGAAAUAUUCAGAGAUUGAUAUUAUUCUGUUGAAGGGGGAUGUUGAAGAAGAUGAAGCUAUUCCAGACAGUGAGCAGGACAUAAGGCCUCGUUUUCAUCGUUCAAAGACGGUGGCUCAGCAACAUGAAGAGGAUGGUAUUGAAGAUGAUGACGACGAUGAUGAUGAACUUGAUGACGAUGAUACUAUUUCUGACUGGAAUUUAAGGAAAUGUUCUGCUGCUGCUUUAGAUGUCCUAGCCAAUGUAUUUCGUGAUGAACUUCUGCCACACAUCUUGCCCCUGUUGAAGGAAUUGCUCUUCCACCCUGAGUGGGUAGUUAAAGAAUCUGGUAUCCUUGUUCUUGGUGCAAUUGCUGAAGGCUGCAUGCAGGGUAUGAUUCCAUAUCUUCCAGAGCUAAUCCCUCACCUUAUUCAGUGCCUGUCUGACAAAAAGGCUCUUGUGCGCUCCAUUACAUGCUGGACUCUUAGUCGCUAUGCACACUGGGUAGUUAGUCAACCCCCAGACACAUACUUGAAGCCAUUAAUGACUGAGUUGCUAAAGCGUAUCUUGGAUAGCAACAAGAGAGUACAAGAAGCUGCCUGCAGUGCCUUUGCUACUCUAGAAGAGGAGGCUUGUACAGAGCUUGUUCCUUAUCUUGCAUAUAUACUUGACACUUUGGUCUUCGCAUUUAGUAAAUACCAGCAUAAAAACCUGCUCAUUCUUUAUGAUGCUAUAGGAACUCUAGCAGAUUCUGUAGGACAUCAUCUAAAUAAACCAGAGUAUAUUCAGAUGCUAAUGCCUCCAUUAAUCCAGAAGUGGAACAUGUUGAAGGAUGAAGAUAAAGAUCUCUUCCCCUUAUUAGAGUGCCUGUCGUCAGUUGCUACUGCCUUGCAAUCUGGCUUUCUUCCAUACUGUGAACCUGUGUACCAGCGUUGUGUAAAUCUGGUGCAGAAGACACUUGCACAAGCCAUGUUACAUAAUGCUCAGCCAGACCAAUACGAGGCUCCAGAUAAAGAUUUCAUGAUUGUGGCUCUUGAUUUACUCAGUGGUUUAGCUGAAGGACUUGGAGGCAACAUUGAACAGCUAGUGGCUCGCAGCAAUAUCCUGACACUAAUGUACCAAUGCAUGCAGGACAAAAUGCCUGAGGUACGGCAGAGUUCUUUUGCAUUGUUGGGGGAUCUGACAAAGGCCUGUUUUCAGCAUGUUAAACCUUGCAUCGCUGAUUUCAUGCCAAUUUUGGGAACCAACCUAAACCCUGAAUUCAUUUCUGUCUGUAACAAUGCCACCUGGGCAAUUGGAGAAAUCUCUAUCCAGAUGGGUAUAGAGAUGCAGCCUUAUAUUCCAAUGGUGUUGCAUCAGCUUGUAGAAAUAAUUAACAGACCCAACACACCAAAGACGUUGUUAGAGAACACAGCAAUAACAAUUGGUCGUCUUGGUUACGUUUGUCCUCAAGAGGUGGCCCCCAUGCUACAGCAGUUUAUAAGACCCUGGUGCACCUCUCUGAGAAACAUAAGAGACAACGAGGAAAAGGAUUCAGCGUUCCGUGGGAUAUGUACCAUGAUUACGGUCAACCCCAGUGGAGUAGUCCAAGACUUUAUUUUUUUUUGUGAUGCUGUUGCAUCAUGGAUUAGUCCAAAAGAUGAUCUUCGAGACAUGUUCUGUAAGAUUCUUCAUGGAUUUAAAAAUCAAGUUGGGGAUGAGAAUUGGAGGCGUUUCUCUGACCAGUUUCCUCUUCCCUUAAAAGAGCGCCUUGCAGCUUACUAUGGAGUUUAACCUCAUGCACUGUAGCUGCAGUCCCAUAAUUA